ACAUGAUCGAUUCUGCAAAUAAACCAUGUAAACACUAUAUACCUAAGAAAAUGCCGUAACACACGUGGCCAAAAUAAUUUGUACAAAAGGUAGCUGCUCUUCAUUACAACAACAUAAGUAAAAGAGAAGUGAGUCGCGUGAGUAUCGUAUCAACAUUUCGGCCUAAGAAAAACAACAACCGUCCGUUUCAUACUCUUCCCUUACGCACCUGAAUCUCGUGUUGGCGACUUUGCGAUAGAUUCUCUCAAAUCCACUUCAAUGGCGGAUCCAUCUCCUCAAAACCCUAGCCUCGCCACUUCCCAUCCUCCUCCUCCUCAUUCGCAGGCCCCUCAAUCGGUAACCUCGGAACUGCCGCCACCGCCUCCGCCGCCUUGUUCCGUUUUUCCAUUUCUCAAGGGCGUGAACAGACCGAAGCUCCGCGUGACAUCUGAAUUCGACAGCGACAGUCUCCUCUUCGUAAACAAAUUGUCUUGUAAGCUUUUCGACAACCUCGCGAAGCUCAAACUGUCGUUUCAGAACAACUCACAGCGCGAGGUCUCUCAGCCUCAGCUCUCUCUCACUUCCAAACACCUCUCCGUUGUCUACGAUCUCGAGGAGAAGAACACUUUCAUCAAGAGCACCGUUGACGUUUCCCCUCGCCUUCAGCUCCGAGCUCUUCAUAAUGUCAAGGCGCAACAAGGAGAGGUUGCUAUGGAGGCAAAUCUGGCUGAGCCUGGCUACUCUCUCGAGCUUGCAUCACCUGUCCCUAUUGGUUACCCAAGAGCGACUCUUAAAUUCCCACUAGGCGAAGUUUCGAUACAAGAAAAAGAAGAGGAGGAGGAGGAGAAGAGCAACAGAGUUUUGUCUGUUAACGGGAUCCUCAAGCGUAAAGUGAUGAAUGGUGUUUGUUCCGCUCUAUACACAGAUGAAGAGUUGAGGCUGAGAUAUGCUUAUAAGGAUGAUGCAUUGUCUUUCAUGCCAAGCAUUUCCCUUCCUUCAAACGCUGCCUCAUUUGCAUUCAAGCGUCGGUUUAGCCCUUCAGACAAGUUGAGCUACUGGUACAACUUUGAUUCAAACAUGUGGAGUGCUGUGUACAAACGCACAUAUGGUAAAGACUACAAAUUCAAAGCUGGCUAUGAUUCUGAUGUACGCCUUGGCUGGGCAUCUCUCUGGGUUGGGGAUGAAGCUGGAAAAGUAAAAUCGACGCCGAUGAAGAUGAAAGUCCAGUUCAUGCUUCAAGUUCCACAAGAUGACAUCAAAACCUCAGUCUUGAUGUUCCGAGUGAAGAAAAGAUGGGACAUUUGAUGGAAUCUUGUUGAAUCAAAAUCUCAUUUACACUACACUCAUGAGUAAUCACUCUGUAACACACAUAAGUUGUUCAUCUUCAUCUUAAGCUCCUUCACUUCACUCCUUAUAUAUCAAUCUUUCUUUAGCUCUUUUGCAAAACUGAGACCGAAGAAGAAUGAUUAGAGAAUAAUCUUCUUAUUGCAAAGUUUGCAACUGUAUUUCCUCUCCAGGUUCUUCAAAUGAUUUCUUCAAACAGAGACAUGUUGACACGUGUAAUUGUAUUACUAGAUAUAUUUUUUCGGGAAAAAAGUUACCUCGC